AUGUCUCUCCAGCCUGCUGCUGACGCGUCCUCGACGCCUCGCCUGCCAGUGAUGCCUCGCCCUCCUAGGAUUCCCUCGCCGACUACGCCUGGUCUUCCACGGAUGCCGCCGGCUCAUUCUGGGCCCCAUGCUGACGAAUGUCAACCUCUGGAUCUGCUCGUUGAGAGUCAAGGGUUCCUGCCUUCACCUCCAUGUCUUCUCGCUUCAGUCGCCACGCCCACCCCGGCGUCUUCACUGCCAUCUGCUCGCCGGCUCCAUGUGGCCGCUUCUCCGGUUCCCUCUGGCCCUCCCUUGCUCAGAGGUGCUCCACUCUGCCAGAUGCUUACAGUUCUUCGUGCAAGGACCUCUUCUACCUCUCGCAUUUCCGGUGAUGUCAUCCGCUCCAGCCCUGGAUCCUCUCCGCCUUCUGCCAGACUGUCUUCUGUGACUGCCGCUCCCGAUCCUGUAGUGCCGCCUCCGGAUGUCACUGCCGUCUCUGCUUCUGAAUCUCCAGUGUGUCACCACACUCGUUCUCGUGCUGCUGCUGGACAUUCAUUCUUACCUCCGCCUUCCCUGAUGCCUUCUUCCGUACAUCCUGCUCAGGCUGCUUCCUCUCCUGUGUCGCCUUCUGCCGCCGGUGCUCGGGAGCCCGCUGUUACAUCUGAUGGGUUUGCUGCUUUUCCUGAAGCCGCUGUUCCUGAUGCGCCCUGCUCUCCUUCCGGUUCUCCUCAGCCGUGCCCUGCUGAAGCUCCUCUUGUCACCUCCAGUACUACUGGCUCUUCCUUCGCUGCUGCUCCCUCUUCGGCUGUUCUUCACGCUCCUGUCCCUGCGACGACGACUCCCACCCCUGGAGGCCCUCGAUGCUCUUCAUGUGGUAAGGUGUGUCUCAGCAAAAGACAUCUUCGCUUCCAUCGUUACCGCCGACAUCGUCGUUCAUCUCUCUCUGCGUCUCCCGGUGCCGAUGCUUUCGUCACUCCUGGUCCUUCGCCUUCCGGUUUCUUCUCCGACUCUUCCUGCAUCGCCUUACAGUCCCAGUGCUCCUUCCGGCCCUCCUCCUGGCCCGCUGGGCCCCUCUUCGACUUGUCGGGUUGA